UUGAGUUGAGCGCCUCCUGCUCUGCGCUACGCGACCGCCAGACGGACACACAUUCUUCCAUUCAGUCAGUCAGUUGGCUUGUCUGACGCGAAAGUGCAAGUCGACUAUAGUCUCCCCUCUCUCGGGAUUUGUUUUGAGAGAAAGAGCGUUGUUUCUGUACAGCAAAAUAAAGCAUGUGUGUAUAUUGAUUAUUUUGAAUGCGCUUGGAGAAAGUUCAAUUAGACUAUUUUCUUGCAAAAACGCGGACACAAUGUGACAAUGUUGACCAGCAGACUGGGUUAUCCAUGACGGAUUGGUAAAGAGCUGUUCAUUAAUCAAGGAAAACGGGACGUAGAAAUGGGGAAACUUCAGUCCAAACAUGCGGGCAAACGUAGAGAGAACCCCGAAGGAGACAGUUUUGUUGUGAACGCUUUCCUCCGAAGAGCGAUGGGGGAAUGUGAGAUGUACAGCUCCUCAGAUCACAAACUGAACAACAUGCAGGAGUUUCCACAUAGUGAGCUGAAGGGGAGACAGCUCUUAGACCAUCACUGUCCCCUAGAGGUGGAUCUCCCUCCAGAGAAGGCUGCUGAGGGCUGUGACAGUUACCUGCAGUCCCCCCACACAGACCCAGGGCCAGACAGGCAGCUACUGAGAGGAGGGGACGCAGGCAAAGCCUCUGGGAAGAAACGCAUCAGCCUGGAUGACCUAGAGUGUGACGUAUCAGUGGAGGAAGAUAAUCGUCAGGAAUGGAUCUUCACCCUCUAUGAUUUUGACAACAGUGGCAAAGUUACUAAAGAGGACAUGUCCAGUCUGAUGCACACCAUCUAUGAUGUGGUGGAUGCCUCGGUCAAUCACUCGUCCUGCCACAGUAAGAGGAAGACCCUACGGGUCAAGCUGACCGUCGCACCAGAGCCCAGUGCUCGCAGGAGAGACCACAUCUCCACUGGACCAGACCGGGAGUCAGGACGCCUUCACCAGGAAGAGGGACGAUCAGCAGACAGACGGCUUUCUUCUCACAUCAGGCCAGCCCUCCCAGGUCAGAGCAGUGAGGGACAGCAUUACUGUGUGGAUGAGAACACUGAGAGGAGGAAUCACUAUCUGGACCUAGCUGGUAUAGAGAACUACACCUCCAGGUUUGAAGGAUCCACCCCUCCCCCGCCCCCGGAGACCCAUGUGCGGGCCUCCCAGUCCCAGAACCGCUCCCGUUCCCAGGAGCCCGAGGCCCAUGCCGCCCAUGCCCACCAGCGCCGCUCGCAAGUCAUCAGUGAGACCUACACCCCUCUAGAAGCCCGGGGUCGGGGCGCGUCACACUUCCUGAAGUCCCCCAGAGGAACAUCUAAAGGAUCCGGCGUCGGAGGGACCAAUGGGGGACUUGAAAGGGCCAAGUCCAGUAAAUACCACGCUGGGGGUCAUUACCCUCCUCAGCCUCCUCCUCUCCAAACCCUGCUGCAUACAGGGAACUCCUCAUCUGGGGGGCAUUACCCUCCUCAGCCUCCUCCUCUCCAGACCCUGCUGCAUACAGGGAACUCCUCAUCUGGGGGUCACGGAGGUCAGGAUGUGUACCACCUCCCCUCCUCCAGCCACCACCAACACCCUCUGCAGCACAGCCACAGCAAACGGCUCCGGGCCAAAGCCAGGGAGGGUCAGGGCCUGUCCCCGUCCAAAACGCCCCUGUCACCUCACUCCAAUCCCCAGCAUCAGCAUCAGGCUCCCCCUCCUCCUUGUCUGGAGAGGGAGAAGGAGAGGGAGCAGGGGUCUGGGCUGCCCGGCAGCCCUGGGUCCUUUGUGUUGCCUCUGGUGCAGCGUCACGAGCACCGACACCACCACGAACACCACCAUCACCACCACUACCACCACCACCACCAGACAUGACCCAAUAGGACGCCAGUCACAGUAACAGUCAGGGACUGAGAGACCUUUAAAGGACCGACUGACCACACACGUCUGUCUGAAGAAAGCCUCAACCUCCUCACCCAAUGGGAAUGUCUCCGCUUCUGUCCUGAGGCUGCCCAAUCUGAGAUGGCACCCUAUUCCCUAUAUAGUGCACCACUUUUGACCAGAGCCCUAUUGGUUAGCCCUAACUCUAACCCUGUAGACGUUUGCCAAAUGUAGUGCACUAUAUAACAAGGUGCCAUUCAGACAGCCCAGGAUCUGAACCCUCCUCCAUUUAGUGCCAGGCAGGCUGCCAGAGCCAGACAGUUUCCCUGAGAUAUCCUGGGAUCAGACACACUGAUGGAAACUGGAGUGUGGCUGACUGCUGUGGUUAUUCCAUUGUAAAGGGUUGCUGAAGACACGGUGGUGCAGUUUUGUAAGACGUUUUCUAUGGCACAGUUCUGAAUCUGAAUCAAAUGAGUUUAAACGUCCUGCUGGACCAAGCUACUCCUCUCUACGCGUGGACCUUCACAAAGGGAGAACAGAUACAGUACAGCUCUAUGUGGACAGAGGUCAGAGGUCAUCAAAAGUGACAUCAUUUCCUCCUUGGUGUUGACCCAUAGAUUUUCUUGUCCCCAGAAGCUAGGUACUGUCUCCUUCAUCCCAAAUGACACACUAUUCGUUUUAUAGUAUACAACCUUUGACCAGGGCUCAUAGGACUCUAGUCUAAAGUAGUGCACUAUUUAGGGAAUAGCGUGACAUUUGGGACACUGCCUCUCCGUGUGUCUUGUGUGUAUGAGAGCUUUCCUCCCAACGGUGUAUCUCAGGUGUUAGGUGCUGCUCCUUAGCUGUUCUCUCUACUACUUCCUCAUUGGAACCGGAACCCUGCUGUUGGGGUUCCAGAACCAGAGGAACAAUAUCAAAUCACCACUGACAGUUUUAAUGCCAGAAAUAUCUAGCUAUGUAAUCAUUCACAUCUAUACAUGUAUACACAUUUUACUGUAAUAAAACUGUAUUUAUAUGCAUGUUAUUUCAUCAUGAAUUAUAAUGAUGCAUAUAUGUCUUUUGUCGUAGAUGUAUUUUAAUAAACAUUAUAUAUACUGUA